AUGUCGUUUUUCCUGCCGGAUUACACGGCGUACAAUGAGAUGUUGUCGCUGUUCAGAAAUUUUGUAUCCAUCCCCGUCCCUCUCUCCGCAGACACAGACUACCAGCUCGACCCGGAGACCAUUUCGCAAGAGAUUGCGCGCGGCGCCUCCAUCAUCCUCACUUCGAAUCCGCGCAACCCGACGGGCAGGGUGGUCAAGAACCCGGAACUCGCCGAGAUCCAGACCCUGUGUCGCGGCCGGGCCACGCUGGUGGCGGAUGAGUUUUACUCGGGGUACAACUACACGAGCGACUGCGACGGGUCCACGAUCUCGGCGGCGAGCAAUGUCGAUGAUGUGGACAAGGACGACGUCAUCAUCCUUGAUGGCUUGACCAAGAGAUUUCGACUGCCUGGAUGGAGGCUCGCGUGGGUGCUGGGUCCUAAAGAAUAUGUUAAAGCACGGGGAGCUGCGCACUGCUUGCAAGAUGCGGCGAUACCGAUGCUCGAGCCUGGGCUUGUCCGACGUGAGAUGGCGUGUUUACAGAAGCACUUCAAGGAAAAACGAGAUUAUGUUGUGAGCAGGCUCACCGAAGCUGGGUUUAAAUUCAAAUACGUACCCGACUCAGCCUUCUACAUAUGGCUUAACCUUGAAAACCUGCCCGAGCCCAUCCGCGACGGCCUCAGCUUCUUCGAGGCCUGCCUCGAGGAAAAGGUCAUUGUGGUGCCGGGCAUCUUCUUCGACCUGAACCCCUCGCACCGGCGCGACCUCUUUGACAGCCCGUGCCACCACUUUGUGCGGCUUUCUUAUGGGCCCAAGAUGGAGCAGCUGCGCAAGGGAUGCGAUGGCAUAGAAAGGCCUGGCCCCACCACAGCCGUCCGCUCAGCCUCAACUGGCUUGGCCCGGCUCCGCAAGGCCGAACCACCGGACCCCCAAAUAACAGAGCAAGAGCAUCCAAACCUUGAGCUAGACAGCAAACAACUCAAGUCUCUAAACCCCUUUUCAUCUGCACACUCUCUCCAAAAUGGCGACCCUAUUCGCUACCAGUGCUGGCAUCCUCAUUCAUCCCCCUACCUCAUCCACCACAUCAAGCAGAAGUUCCAGCUCCAGCUCCAGCCGCAGCAUGCCCAACGCCCUGCGCGCCACUUCCCGGCGCGCUCGGUCGCGAGUAGCACCAUCACCACGCCCGAGGACCCGUACGCGUUUCUGGGCAGCUUCGAUACCGUUUUCGUCAUUGACGAUUCCGGCUCCAUGCGCGGCCGCUCGUGGCGCGAGCGACGGCAUCGACAUUUACUUUUGAACCACAAAUCCCGCGCCGGCGCCGACACCGCGGCCGGCAAAGGCCCCGGCGGGUACCGCGGCUUCAAAAACACGUCGGCCGUCGAGGCCCUCUUUGAAUCCAUCCAACCCUUUGGCGGCACGCCCACGGGCACUCGGCUGCAGUCGAUCCUCAAGCCCUACCUCCAGCUGCUCGAGGCCAACAAGGACGACUUGGAGUCGUGCAAGCCCGUCAACGUCAUCGUCAUCACGGACGGCGUGCCCUCGGAUGACGUCGAGGGCGUGCUUCUCAACGCCGCGAGGAAGCUCGACAGGAUCGACGCGCCGUCGUACCAGAUUGGCGUGCAAUUCUUCCAGGUCGGCAACGAGCCCGGCGCGCGGGACGCCCUCAAGGAGCUGGACGACGGCCUCAGCCAGAUGGUGGACGGUGGGGUUCGCGACAUUGUCGAUACCGUCACUUGGGACGGCUACGAUGGCCGGUCGCCACAGGCCCUAACGGGAGAGAGUAUACUCAAGGUCGUGCUGGGUGCCGUUGUUCGGCGCUUAGAUAGGCGUUGA